AUGGCAGUUUUCAACCUCACCCCCUCUGAUCCUUCAACAUUCACCCUAAUGGGCAUUCCUGGCCUGGAAGCUGCCCACCUCUGGAUUUCCAUCCCUUUAUCUACAUUCUACAUUAUCAGCCUGUUGGGAAAUUUCAUGGUUCUGUUUGUUGUAGGCAAAGAGCAGAGCCUGCACAAGCCGAUGUACCUACUGAUCUGCAUGCUGGCGCUCACAGACAUCAGCAUGUCUACCUCCAUUGUACCAAAGGCACUGUGUAUAUUUUGGUUCAAUUUGAGAGGCAUUACUAUGGGUGGCUGCCUCACUCAGUCAUUCUUCUUUCACGCGAGUGCUAUGAUGCACUCAGCCAUCCUCGUGACAAUGGCCUUCGAUCGCUACAUCGCCAUAUGUAACCCUCUGCGAUACGCCACCAUCCUCACCAGUGUGAGAAUAGCUAAGCUAGGGCUACUGGGUUUGUUGAGAGCUGUUCUCGUCGUUAUGCCCCUGCCCCUGCUCCUGAGCAGGCAGCCAUUCUGUGCCAACCGCAUUAUCCCCCAUACGUACUGUGAGCACAUAGCUGUGGCGAAGAUAUCAUGUGGGGACAUCACAGUUAACAGGAUGUACAGCUUGGUGCUCACGUUUGUAGUCAUCGUGUUAGACCUGACACUCAUUGCCCUGUCCUACAUUCUGAUCAUCAGGGCUGUCCUAAGAAUGUCCUCCAAGAAAGCCCACCAGAAGGCCCUCAACACCUGCACAGCCCACAUCUGUGUGAUGCUGACGUCUUAUACUGCGUUCCUCUUAUCCCACCUAACCCACCGCUUCGGUCAGAGCAUCGCUCCCCAUUUUCACAUCAUCUUGGCCAACCUCUAUUUCCUUGUCCCCCCCAUGCUUAACCCUAUUAUUUAUGGGGUCAAAUACAAAGAGCUUCGUGACAAAGUGAGCAAAUACACCUGCAGAAUAUAA